CGUUGCCGGCUACACAUCCCGCGGCCUCUCCCGGUCACUCCUCACUAUAUACAUAUACGAUACGCGUGUGUAUAAGCCAACAUCUAUACUUUUAGUGCCGUUUGCACUCCUCUGCUUUAUAAACUAUUAAUUCAAGGUCAUCGUCGAAAUUGGCACCUGUUGUUUGUUAUUCAAAAGAAAAUCAUCAGCAAUAAGAAUACAGGGAAAAAAGAAAUGUGUUUGAAACAAUUACUGAUUAAACUCGCUGAUUACUUUAGAUUAAAUUCUCUCUUCUAUCAUUAAAUUGUCACUCCGAAAUAUAGUUUGUCAAUAUGAGUGGCCACGAUAAAAUCGUGUACACAAAGUUGUUAUUGCUUUUGUUUGUAUCGAGCGCCUGGAGCAGAUCGUGGGCAAACCACCACGACACUACCACCUCGACAACGCAAACCACGCCCACAACCAGCGCACCUCCAAAGAACUUUCAUAAUGACCCGCUCAUCGUCGAAACUAAAAGCGGCCUAGUAAAAGGUUACGCCAAAACAGUAAUGGGUCGCGAAGUGCAUAUAUUUACUGGUAUACCGUUCGCGAAACCACCACUGGGUCCCUUGAGGUUCCGAAAGCCGGUACCCAUUGAUCCCUGGCACGGAGUUCUAGAAGCUACUGCCAUGCCCAACAGUUGCUACCAAGAGAGAUACGAAUAUUUUCCAGGAUUCGAGGGCGAGGAAAUGUGGAAUCCUAAUACAAACAUAUCAGAGGACUGUUUAUAUCUCAACAUCUGGGUGCCGCAACAUUUACGUGUACGCCAUCAUCAAGAUAAGCCGCUAACAGAAAGGCCGAAAGUACCAAUACUUGUCUGGAUUUACGGCGGUGGUUACAUGAGCGGCACGGCUACGCUUGACCUCUACAAAGCCGAUAUAAUGGCUUCUUCUAGUGAUGUCAUAGUGGCUUCUAUGCAAUACAGGGUCGGCGCUUUUGGAUUUUUAUACUUAAAUAAAUAUUUUUCACCUGGUAGUGAAGAAGCUCCAGGUAACAUGGGCUUGUGGGAUCAACAGUUGGCGAUUCGUUGGAUUAAAGACAACGCUCGUGCGUUUGGUGGAGAUCCCGAAUUGAUAACAUUGUUCGGUGAAUCGGCAGGGGGAGGUAGCGUUAGUCUGCACAUGCUUUCGCCUGAAAUGAAGGGAUUGUUUAAAAGAGGAAUUCUGCAAUCUGGAACUUUAAAUGCCCCUUGGAGUUGGAUGACGGGCGAGCGAGCACAAGGUAUAGGCAAAGUUUUGGUAGACGACUGCAAUUGUAACAGCAGCCUAUUAGCUGUGGACCCGAGUCUUGUGAUGGACUGCAUGCGCGGUGUGGAUGCUAAGACAAUAUCUGUGCAACAAUGGAAUUCUUACACUGGUAUACUAGGUUUCCCGUCAGCGCCGACAGUUGAUGGCGUAUUUCUUCCGAAAGAUCCAGAUACGAUGAUAAAAGAAGGGAAUUUUCAUAAUACCGAAGUUUUACUUGGCAGUAAUCAAGAUGAAGGCACAUAUUUCUUACUCUACGAUUUCUUGGAUUACUUUGAAAAAGACGGCCCAAGUUUUCUGCAACGAGAAAAGUUUCUUGAAAUUGUCGAUACAAUUUUCAAAGAAUUCUCGAAAAUUAAGAGAGAAGCAAUUGUUUUUCAAUAUACGGAUUGGGAAGAAAUUACUGAUGGCUAUUUGAACCAGAAGAUGAUUGCAGAUGUGGUGGGUGAUUACUUUUUUGUCUGUCCCACUAACUACUUCGCUGAAAUCCUUGCGGACGCUGGUGUCGAGGUCUAUUAUUACUACUUUACGCAUCGCACAAGCACCAGUCUGUGGGGUGAAUGGAUGGGCGUAAUGCACGGAGACGAGAUGGAAUACGUGUUCGGUCAUCCCCUGAAUAUGUCCCUACAGUACCACACUCGUGAGCGAGACCUGGCCACUCACAUUAUGCAGUCUUUCACCAGAUUCGCUUUAACUGGAAAGCCCCACAAGCCCGAUGAGAAGUGGCCUUUGUACUCGAGGUCGUCGCCGCACUAUUACACGUACACAGCUGACGGCAGCAGCGGCCCAGCAGGUCCUCGCGGCCCACGUGCCUCUGCUUGCGCAUUUUGGAACGACUUCCUGAACAAACUUAACGAGCUAGAGCACGUGCCCUGUGACGGGGCAGUGACGGGUCCCUACAGCAGCGUGGCUGAUACAACCCUGCCAAUAGUGUUGCUAACAACGCUAGCCACUACCGCCGCACUUUAAAUACAAAACACAAUAAAUAAACCUGUCGAGAUUAGAGUC